AUCGUUAAAUCCUUGCUGCAUCGUCUGGCCUCGAAUGCGUACACAUUGGCAACCUUGUUCACAUCAUCACGCCCCGAAACACUGGCUUAUGACUGUGAUACCAGCCCAGCUCUCGUGGCUAAUCUUACCAACACUGUCUCAUGUGAUGAUGGAGAAGUCGUCUUGACAAGGAUUAUUCGUCGCCUUAAACCAACACACAUUGGCGCCACCAUUUCAGCCCAAUUUGUUGAACUUGAGCGUUGCUGUACCGACCAACUGGUACAUGAAGAGGGUCUGACUGUGGCUGGCACCAGCUUUCGAAUGGUUUGUGAUCGUGUGGUCGGCUAUCUGGAUGCCGCUGGCGACCGUUUGGAAGCUCUGCUUUCGCAUGAGUCGGGUGCAUUCACGGCCAAAAGUGAGUCAAAUGCGGAUAGCAGGACGACGCAAGACGACUCUGCUCGCCACCCGAGAAGCACCAUUUCCGGCCACCUCGAGGUCGACAUGGCCACACUUGUCUGGCAGAAGACCUGUCUAGCCGACGAUUUCUUGGCCUGUCAGUUGGCCAACGUUGAACAGUUGUUCACUGACCUCAAAGACACCGCUUAUUCUAGGCUCCUUCAGGCGGUGGACGGCGCUAGCAACGCCGAAGCUCGGGAGCCGGAGAUCAUUUUUGCCCAGAUCCUGGUACCGGCAGUUCGGGCUCGUGUCGACUGGAUAAAGUGUCGAGCUGAUCGCCGUCUCGAGCGUAUUCAGACAGCCUCGUGUCAGAUUGUCCAGUUGACAAAUUGCUUGGCCGAGCAGGAAGCUUGGUUGUCUUCUGCUCAGCGCCGUCUCGCGGAGGCGGAGGAGGUGCCACCGGCCAGUCUGUCUGAGAAAGAAGCUCUCGUGCAAAAGUUCACGGUAAGCCAAAGAAUAAUAACUUAA